GCCAGUCUCAUUGAAUAUCCACUGGGUGGGAAGGGAAAUUUCUCACACACAGGCCUGCUGAGAAGAGCACACGGUGCUGCAAGGAAAAUUCAGAGGAGAGAAUCUCGGGAGGAAAGUGGCCAUGGACCUGAUCCCAAGCUUUUCCACAGAAACCUGGGUUCUCCUGGCUACCAGCCUGGUGCUCAUCUAUCUAUAUGGGACCCAUACACAUGGAACUUUUAAGAAGCUAGGAAUUCCUGGGCCAACACCCCUCCCGUUUGUGGGAACCGUUCUGGGCUAUCGUAGGGGUUUUUGGGAUUUUGACCAGGAAUGUUUUAAAAAGUAUGGAAGAAUGUGGGGGCUCUACGAUGGCCGACAGCCUGUGUUAGCUAUCACUGACCCAGACCUGAUCAAAGCAGUCCUUGUGAAGGAAUGCUACUCUGUCUUCACAAACCGGCAGACUCUUGGUCCAGUGGGUUUUAUGAAAAGUGCCAUCACUGUGGCUCAGAAUGAAAACUGGAAGAGAAUAAGAACAUUGCUGUCUCCAACCUUCACUAGUGGAAAGCUCAAGGAGAUGUUCCCUAUCAUUGGCCAGUAUGGAGAUGUGUUGGUGAGGAAUCUGAGGAAGGAAGCAGAGAAAGGCAAACCCAUCAACUUGAAAGACAUCUUUGGGGCCUACAGCAUGGAUGUGAUUACUAGCACAUCAUUUGGAGUGAACAUCGAUUCCCUCAACAACCCACGAGAUCCUUUUGUGGAACAUAUCAAGAGACUCCUAAAAUUUAAUUCAUUUGAUCCACUGCGUCUCUCAAUAAUGCUCUUUCCAUUCCUUACCCCAAUUUUUGAAGUAUUAAAUAUUCAUCUGUUUCCAAAAAGUGUUAUGGAUUUUUUCAUAAAAUCUGUAGAAAGAAUGAAAGAAAGUCGCCUCCAAGAUAAACAAAAGCACCGAGUGGAUUUAUUGCAGCUGAUGAUUAACUCGCAGAAUGCCAACGAAAUAGACUCCCAUAAAGCUCUGUCUGAUCUGGAGCUCAUUGCCCAAUCUAUUAUCUUUAUUUUUGCUGGCUAUGAGACCACUAGCACUUCUCUCUCCUUCCUUAUGUAUUUAUUGGCCACUCACCCUGAUGUGCAGCAGAAACUGCAGGAGGAGAUUGAUGCCACAUUUCCCAAUAAGGCACCUCCCACUUAUGAUGCCAUGUUCCAGAUGGAGUAUCUUGACAUGGUGUUGAAUGAAUCUCUCCGAUUAUUCCCAGUUCUUGGCAGACUUGAAAGAGUAUGUAAGAAAGAUGUGGAAAUCAAUGGGGUGCUCAUUCCCAAAGGGACAGUGGUGAUUGUGCCAAGCUUUAUUCUUCACCGAGACCCAGAGUACUGGUCAGAGCCUGAGGAGUUCCAACCUGAAAG